AUGGACGAUCUGGUGGAGGCGAUGGUGAGCAAUAGCCAGGAAAUGGCGGAGGCUCUCGCCGCCGACCGCACGCGCCGGGAGGCGGCCGACAGGAUCCAGCGCGAGUCCUGGGAGGCGGCGCUGAAGGAGAAGGACGCCGAGAUAGACAGGUUGCGAGCAGAAGCCGACGCCAAGAAUAAGCUGCAGCUCUUCCUGAUCUUAGCUGGUGUUCUUGUGGAAGGAAAGGCUGAUGCGAGAAGGAAUAUGAGGUGGGAGGCGGCAUACGAGCUGCUUCUCGGUGCUAAUCAGAAGCUCGCCGAACUCAGAGAUGCUGACAUGCAGGAUUCCAGAACCUUGGCAGAAACCCCCAACUCUAAGGAAGUUGAAAGUUUUCAAACCACCGUGGAUCACACUGCAAGCAACUUCAGAAAACUAAAGCAAGCUUACGAAACUAAGAAGGACAAGGAAGUUUCUGCGUUACUCUCAGAAAAGAAUUCUCUGUAUAGCCAGUUGGAUAUAAUGCACAAGGACUAUGCGGAGCUCCUGAAGAACAAGAUAGUGGAGGCAGCACAAGCUACAGAAGCAGCAAUAAAGCUUCAGCAGAGUGUAGAUGAGCAUAAGGCGUUGGGCCAAAAUAAGGAUGCUGAGAUUGCUAGAUUGCAAGUUAUAGUUGUGGGGGGCGAAAAGAAGCACACCAAGGAAUUGUCUGCAUUACUCGUAGAAAAGGAUUCUGUAUGUAAACAGUUGAGUAUGAACUACAUCAAGCUCCUGAAGUCGAAGAAAGUUUUGACCCAAAAGAAGUCUCAUGAGAUUAACAUAUUGCGAGCAGAAGUUGUUGGUGCCAAAAGGAAGGUACAUCAAAUGCACUCCUUGCUCAAGGAGAAAGAUGAUGAAAUCCAAAGACUGAAAGGUUGGCACGUUGAGUCUGUUCAGAAGCACUACAAGAAGGCACAUAGAAAAUCUAGGUCUGUUGAUCCAGCUGUAACUGCAAUGCAUGCCUCUUCAAUGUCAAAUGAUUGUGAGAUGAGUAGAAGCAAUGAGGAUGCUGAUGAGCAGAGUCAAGGUGACAAGGAUGAUGAUGAUGGGCAGAGUAGAAGCGAUGAGCACGACAUUAGUCAGAGUGGACAUGAUAAGGAAACAAUGAACAACCAAAUUCUAAAGCCUCUGGGAAACCACAAGAGGAAGAGAGAUGCUUGUAAUGCCGAGACUGCCAAUGGCAAAAGCCACGGUGAAAGCAAUCGAUAAAGCAUCUCAUACAAUGUGCCAUAAGCCACAUCCUCCAAGUCGCAUCCAAUUACAAAGAGGAGGAUCCUCUGAUAAGAGCUUACAAUCGAUGGAGGCUGAACCAUUAGAG